AGGUGGUGCCCGUGGCCGAGGCCUCGGACCUCACGAAGGCCGCGCCGCUCCAGCGGUCCUGGCAGGCACUGACCCUGGUCCUCGAGGGCUCCGUGCGCCUCCAGGUGGCCGGGCUGCCCGUGGGCACGGUCGACCGCGGGAGCGCCUUUGGGGAGACGCUGCUCCUCGGCCUCGACAGCUCCCUCAAGGUUGACCUGGUGGCCAAUGAGACCACCACCACCGUCGCCGAGCUCGUUCGGAACGACUUCCUGCAGGUUCUCAAGGGGUUCCCCAGCGACCAGCUCUGGUACCAGUCGGUGCUGGAGGAAAACCUGGCUCCCGAGCACAUGCUGGCGGGUACCUCAAUAGCCCCAUGCCCGAUCUUCAAGGGGAUCGCCAAGGAGACGCUCAGCGCGGUCGAGCCAUGCGUGCUGCGACGGCUGUACUUCCCGGGAGAGCACCUCUUCGACGAGGGGGCCCCGAGCGAGGCGCUGUACAUGCUGAUCCGCGGCCGGGCCUCUGUGGAGAAGGCCGGCCGAGUGGUGCGCUACGAGACCCGCAAGCACGUGUCCGAGGGCGGCAGACGGCGCCGGAGCAUGCAGCAGUUGCAGACUGGCUCGGUGCUCCUGCGGCCGCCGCCGCAGCCGAUGCAGCUCGGGGAUCGUGCCCAGAGGGCGAAAGAGACCGAGAACGAGCCCGUAGUGUGCUUCGGGGAGGUUCGUUCGCCAUGAGGGGCG